AUGACAGAACCUCAAAAACAAUCAAAAAAUUCUACGUUGACAUGUUGUCAGUGUCAUCUUGAUAUCACAGAUGGUAAAAUAUAUGAAAUUGAUGAUUUUAAAUGGCAUGAAGACUGUUUUCAUUGCUCACGAUGUCAUAAAAAAUUACAAAAAAAUGAUGAUUUUAUUACAUUACCUCAAAAUAUAGAAAUCAAUGACAUUAAAUCAUGCAAUUUAAUAUGUAAUGAUUGUUCUAGAAAUUGUCAGCAUUGUGGUAAACCAAUUAACGAUAUGGCUAUCAUACUAUCAUCCAAUGAGGCAUAUUGUCAAGAAUGUUUUAAAUGUUAUAAAUGUGGGAAAUUAAUUGAAGAUUUAAAAUAUGUGAAGACAAGAAAGGGAUUGUAUUGUAUCAACUGUCAUAAAAUAUUAUUGGCUAAGAGACAGUUAUAUAAAGACAAACAAUCAAAACAACGACAAGAUAAAGAACAACUUCCAAUUUAUAUACAAUAUCAAGAGAGAGGACCUACAUCUGUUAAGCAGAACACUCCAGAGUCCUUUAUUUUGCCCAAAAGGUCAAGUAUGAGACCCAGGAAUGAUUAUCUUUUUAAUAAUGUUAAUAACUAUUCUACUCAUAGGCAUUCAAGGUCAUUAUCGAAUUCAAAAUUUGAACAAAAUAUCCUUGAACAGACAUCUAGAUUACCAUCAACAUCAUCUGGAAAUAGUGUUAAUGGAUUAAAGAUAAAUCAUUCUAGAAGUAUAUCUUUGGAUGAUGUUUUGAAUGCAACAUUACAAAACGAUACUUCUUCUUUAGAUGAUGUUGAAGAAAAUAAUAAUGACAAGGACAAUAUAACAAAUGAUACAAAAAACUUUCAACAAAUUGAACAUUUUGCAUCAAAAGAUAUCGGAAGUAGUAGAUCAUAUUUGACUGCAUCAACCAAUUCGAUCUCAAAUAACAGUAUUGCCACCUCAAAUAAUCCUGUUUCCCAUAAUAUACCACAUGAUGAUGAGUACUCCAGUCCUGCAAGAAGUAAAACAAGUAUCUCGGAUAUAACAGAAAAGAAUAAUAUGAAUACAUUGCCAAAAACACCAGAAAUAAACAAGAGGAGUUUGAAUGUUAAUCAAACCAUAGAUUUACCCUUAAAUAGCCCUAUGUCAAUAUUUCAAUCUAAUAAUUCUGUGAUAAAAAAGUCACAUAACAAUGAAAAUGAAAGAAUAGAGAAAAGAUCUUCAAGAAUUAUGGAUACUUCUCAAGAAAAUCAUAUAAACAGUUUAUCUUCGUUGAAUGAAGGACUUGCAUUACAGUUUGAUAGUACGAAUGAACAAGGAUCAAAUAUGAUAACACCCGACACAUAUAUUCAUUCUACUAAUAUUUCAAAAAGUAAAAAUAUAAAUAAUAGUUUUAUUACAAAUGGUGUCGGUAAUACUCGCAGUAAUAGUGCUACCAAUUCUGGAGGGAAAAAAUUAGGUAGAUCUUUAUCAUUAAAAUCUAAGAAUUUUUUUAGUCAUUGGAAAAAUAAAAGCCAUAAUGUAACCACAAAUGAUCCAAAUAAAGUUGCUGAACAACAUAAAUCAUCCUGGAUAAACAACGAAAAUUUUGAUACACAUUCGGGUUGGGGUGUACAUUCAAGUCAUGAAAAUGAUAUGUAUAUUAAGGCCAAUAAAAACACAACUGGUGCUAAUAAAAUCCCUGCUUCUUCUAUUCGACAUUCGAGUAGAGGUAAGAGUGAUACAUUAAUCUAUGACAGCUCCCAAUUAUUGGUUAACAUGAAUGUUACAAAACCGACAAACACCACUAUAUCCUCAACAAGCUAUUCCACUCCAAGAAAUCAACAUCAAAGAAACAAUAGUAAUAUAUGGACUGACUCUAGGUCAACAUCAGGUGUAGCAAUGUUUAGAACACCACCUUUAGAUAACCAAACAAUGUUCAGAAGAAUGCCACAGUCGGUGUCAAGUUCUAUUUCUAAACAUAUUCCUACCUCUUCUGAAAGUAGUAUACUUGAAAAGAAACAAACAACCAACCUCAACGAAAGUACUCCUAUUCUGACGAAUGGUACUAAAACGGAUAACUUUACCUCAGUAGAAGAAUCCUCAACUUCAACAAUUAAUAAGGACACUUUAGAUAUUAAGAUUACCAAGACUGCGUCACAGAAAUCUGCACAAGAUACUGACAGUGAUUCAGAGGAUGAAAAUAAAAAUUUUGCGGAUAGUGUAGAAGAUAUGGAUAUAAAAUUGAGGAAAAUGAAGCUUGAAUUAAAGGAAAUGGAGGUCUCAAAACAGAAAUUAAUCAUUGAAAUCGACAGUUUAAGAAGCCAAAGAGAUGAACUUGUUGAUGAAGUUAGGAAAUUAAAACAAUCCAAACAAGAAUACUUUGACGAAGAAACAAAUUUAUCAAAACAUAGUAAUGUCGGUAUAUUGAACGAUGGAGUAAAUAUGACUAGAAAGAGUUUAAUAGGGUCAGACAAUGAAGAGAUACAUUCUCAUUCCACUUUAAACGGCAGUAAACCCAAAUUUUGGAAAAUAUUUGGUAAUAAUAACUCACUGCAUAACACCACAGAAAACCUAAAUACCACUACCCAUUUAUCGGCUAAUAAAGUGAACCUAACUCCUUCACAAAAUAGAGCAAGAUCUAAUAGCGAGAAUUUUUCAAAUAAUAUAUCCAAUAAUGGUGCAACCAGUACAGUAGCCUCAUUAACAUCUGCCACUUCUACAGAAUACAAAAGUGUUUCAGAUACUUCAAAUUCUAUGAGCACUUAUUAUAAUUCAACAUUAUAUCAAUAUUGCCUUAAGAGUCAAAAUGUUUUAAAUGUACCAGACAUCAUCUUUAAAUGUAUUGAUUUUAUAGAGACAAAUAAACGUAAUUUGGAAACUGAAGGCCUUUAUAGAAAAUCUGGGUCUUUAUCAUUGGUUGAGGAAGUGGAAAAAAAAUUAUAUACGGAAAAUAGUGAUUUGAAUUUGAUAUGCGAUGAUGUUCAUGUUGUUACGAAUGUAUUAAAAAGAUUUUUGAGAAGAUUGCCUGAUCCCAUUAUUUCCUUCGAAAUAUAUGACCCAUUGAUAUCUUUAGUAAAGGAUGACAAACUGAUUGAAAAAUUGCCUUUAAUUCAAAAUGAAGAAACGGACAUUGAUAACAAUUUAUUUGAAUUUGUUAAGGAAUCGAUUACUAAGUUACUAAGACAAUUGCCACAGGAGAACAUAAGAGUGUUGUCCUUAAUAAUAAAGCAUAUAAAUUUAGUUUCACAAUACCAUAGAUUCAACUUAAUGAAUCUUCAUAAUUUGGCAUUGGUUUUUACACCAAGUUUAAUGCGGGACAUCACAGGGGAAAGAGAUAUAGAGGAUAUGAGAGAAAGAAAUUAUAUUGUUGAAUUUGCAUUACUACAUAAAUUGAUAUAG